AUGCUUGACAGCCAGCACGCCCACCCCCUGUUGGGACCCCCUUUCACCAGUCUCACUGUCUUUCGCCCUCCCUCCUUCCCUCCAAACUCUAGCGACCACCACAUCUCGCCGAUGGAGUUUAUUCAGUGCGCCUACCUCGGUCAGCAUAGCACGGACGGCCGCCGCUACGACGGCCUCGGUCGCUACACCUUCCCGAAUGGCGACGUGUACCUCGGCGGAAUGCAGGAUGGGCAGUUUCACGGUCACGGCGUCGUCUUCUUCCGGAAUCCACCCGGCAGUGAUGGAGGCAACGGCGGCUUAUCCGCCCGCGCGAAUCCAGCGCCGCCUCGCCAUCUUCCUCCUCCUGAGGCCGGGGGCGACAGAGGCAGUGUCGACGAUGUCGAAGACCAUGCGUUGCAGGCUUUCUUGAACCCAGAUCAGACUUCCACCCUAUCCACUGCGGGUGCGGGCGAGAGCCCGGUGGCAGUGCAGGACUUUGCGGCCCUUGUGGGCAGCAGCGGUGGUGGCGGCGGCGGCCAGUACCGAGGCGUGUGGGAGCACGGCCGACACGUGGAGGGCCACUACGUAUUCCAGGAUGGGCUUGUGUACGGCAGCAGUGGCACAGAGGACAUGUCGGCCUACGCGCAGAGGAAGCGUGGCACGCUGUGGACGUACUGCCACGGCAGCGACCGCCGCCUGUGGCAGGAGUACCUGCAGAAUGUGGCACCGGUGCUGCCGCACGAAGCGCUCCUGGGCGGGGCACGGCUGCUGCACAUUCGCAAAGACGCCGUGGCAAAAAAGGAGAGCACUAGCGAGUCCCCGGCCACGAGUGCGGAUGGCACGGGAGAGGGCUUGCCCAUGGUGCUUCCGCGCGCCUUCGUGCACGCGCGCACGGCGCCGGCGUUUGCGAAGGGACAGCUCACGAGCAUCGAUGAUCCUCGAGUUGCGCGCUGGGCCGAGGCCGCUGCGGCCGCCGACGAGAGGAAGGCCGCCUUCCACCACCAACAGAAGCAGGGGCAAGCCGGGUCACCACCUGCCCGCUCCAGUCGCCGUCCCACAAUGGUUGGAGGUGGCGACGGCGUUGAUGCGAGCUCGGAAGCGCCGCUCGAGCUAAUCGAGUCAGCGAUCGCCCUCCAGUUUGCGAUGGCCGUGCCCACCGAGGGACUGCGUGCGGACGGCCGACUCGAAGACACGGAGGCUGAUGUGUGCGGCGCCAAAGAUGGGGUUGUGGGGGAGGACGGGGCCGCUGUAGCGGCAUUGGUGACGGCACCCGCAGCCCCACAGCCGGCGCUAAACUUGGCAGUGUGCCGAGUUUUGGAUGUAGAGGACGUGAACCGAGCGCUUGUGCAAAUCGUGGCGGCUCCGUGA